AUGGGCAUGGUCCCCGCGGCCGAGAAGGACACCAUGUUUGGGGUCGUCGAGAUCUGGACGUCGCGCGCCGCUCUCGACAAGGUCAAGACGACCCCCGCGCCCGAGUACCGCGAGUACCACACGACCGUGGCGCGCGAGGGCCUGUACGACGUCCAAAACGACAUGGAUAUCUCCGAGUGGACGCCGGUCGCUGGGUUCGUGGCGCGCAAGAAUGAGAAAGAGUCGCCCAAGGCCAGCAUCGUCAUGCUGGCCAAGUUCGUGUGCAAGGACAGUGAGGCCAGCAAGGCCGGGCUGAUUGACGUGCUCGGAAAAUUCUGCGACUGGGUCGAAGCCAACGAGUUCGGCACCUUGACAUACUGCGUCAUGACGAACAACAACGCCCCGGACCAAGUCCUCAUGGUCGAGCGGUACAAGGACCUCGCAUCGCUGGGCGUGCACGGCAAGACGGCCGAGUUUCGAGCCAUGGCGUGA